AUGUCCAUUGCCCCCAGUAAGCGGCUGUUCCUUCUGCUGGGAAUAGUUUGUAUUACAGAGUUUCUUGCUGUACCAUCCCCUCUUCAGAAAGAUCCUAAAUGUGGACAGAAAUUUCAUGAGACAAAACCGUGGAAUUACUUUAACCUUUUCACACGCAUUGUUGGGGGAAACCAGGUGAAACGAGGCUCACAUCCAUGGCAGGUUUCCUUGAAACGAAGACAAAAACAUUUCUGUGGAGGCACCAUUGUUUCUGCUCAGUGGGUGGUCACGGCAGCUCACUGUAUCUUGGACAGGUAUGGAUGUGAUAUUUCGGGAGCAGGCUGCAGGUGCAGGAAAAGCGAGGACAGACAGAAUCUACUCCAGUAUUUGAAGGUCACUGCAGGAGAGCAUGAUUUGAGGAUCAGGGAAAAAGAAGAGCAGACACUUUCUGUUAAAUAUAUUAUAAAGCAUCCAAAUUUUGAUCCCAGAAGACCAAUGAAUUAUGAUGUUGCCCUUCUGAAGCUGGAUGGAGCCUUCAACUUUAGUGCAUCAGUUUUGCCAGCAUGUCUUCCUGAUCCAGGUGAAAAGUUUGAAGCAGGAUAUAUCUGCACUGCUUGUGGCUGGGGCCGUUUAAAUGAAAAUGGAAUACUCCCUCAGGUAUUAUAUGAGGUCAAUCUGCCAAUCCUAAACAGUAAGGAGUGUUCAAGAGCGUUGUCAACUUUAAAGAAACCUAUCCAAGGUGACACUAUAAUAUGUGCUGGAUUUCCAGAUGGAGGAAAAGAUGCCUGCCAGGGAGACUCUGGAGGCCCUCUUCUGUGCCGACGCAGGCAUGGUGCCUGGACUCUAGCUGGUGUGAUCUCAUGGGGCAUGGGAUGUGCUCGUGGCUGGAUAAGUAAUGAGAAGAAGCAACAUUACAGAAGAGGAUCUCCAGGAAUAUUUACAGACCUCAGCGCCGUGCUUUCCUGGAUUCAAGAAAAUAUGAGUACUGAUCUGAAAAUGAAAAGUUCUACAGCGUUUUGUAGCACUCAGGACGGCAAACUCCCCAACAGUGGAGGAGAAUUACAUUUUCCUGGAAGUCAUGAGCAUUUCUAUCAAAACUACCAAUUGUGUGUAUGGACUCUGUUUGUACCAGAAGGGAAGUAUAUAUUGCUUCGUUUUUCCCACUUUGAUAUAGAGCCGGAAGCAUAUUGUGACUAUGAUUCUUUAUCAGUCUAUUCUAAAGAGGACAGACUUGUUGGAAAAUUCUGUGGAAGAGAUCUUCCAUUACCUAUUUUGAUUGGCUCCAGUAGUGUAAGGCUGAAAUUUGUUUCUGACAAUAGGGAUUAUGGAACUGGGUUUUCCAUGACCUACAGAGCUCUUGCACCAGAUACUCUUCCUGAUUCUGGCUGUGAGUCCUUAGCUGUCCUUUUUGAAGAAGGAGUGCUACAAAGUAUGCACUAUCCGGAGCACUACAGCAACCUGGCAAACUGUCAAUGGGUUGUUUGUGCACCAGAGGACCAUGUAAUCAAGCUCACAUAUCAGUCUUUUGAAGUAGAAGAGAAUGAAGAUUGCUCUUAUGAUGCUGUGACUGUAUAUGAAGAUGUAGGAAAAGAGGAAGAAAUCGCUAAGUCUUGUGGAUUUGCUCUACCAGCACCUGUUCUAAGCUCCUCUGGUAUGAUGCUGAUUGUCUUUCACUCUGAUGAAACAGAGACCUUUGGAGGAUUCAGAGCUACAAUCUCUUUUGUUCAUAUAACAGAUUUAAAUAAUCUGGAUUCAAAUAAUGAAGAAGAAUUAAAAGAUGUGAAUAUGACUGCAGAAGAAACACAGAUUAUGACAGAUGAUAUUUGUGGAGUGCCUUCAAAUCAGCCCAGGUUCCUCUUCAGUAGGAUAAUUGGAGGUGAAGAAGCUGUACCAUACUCAUGGCCUUGGCAAGUCAGCAUACAGAUUUCAGAUGAGCAUAUCUGUGGAGGAGCAGUUCUUGCCAAAGAAUGGGUUGUCACAGCUGCUCACUGUUUUAAUUCUAAGGAGCAAUACGGAGACUUAUGGACAGUGGUCACAGGACUUCAUGAUCUUGCAGAGCAAGAACACAGACAGAAAAGGGCAGUAAAGCAGUAUAUUAUACAUCCAAGUUUUAAUAAGACCACCAUGGACUGUGAUAUUGCCUUACUGCGACUGGCCGAGCCCUUAGAAUUCAACCACUACGUGCGCCCAGUGUGCCUGCCUGUGAAGGAAGAGGCAGUUCAGCCCUCAAGGGUGUGUGUUGUUACAGGAUGGGGUGUGCACACAGGAGACAGAGAAAAUGGUAAAAAACUGCAUCAGCUUGAAGUCCCCAUCCUGGUGCUUGACACGUGUCAGAGCUAUUAUAUAAACCUUCCCAGUAAAGUGACCCAGAAAAUGAUCUGUGCUGGGUUCCCUCUGGAAGAAGGCAAGGAUUCAUGCACAGGUGAUUCUGGUGGCCCACUAGUUUGUCCUUCAGAAGAUGACUCUGGAUUUUACACCCUUAACGGAAUCACUAGCUGGGGCUUGGGCUGUGGAAAGAAGAGCUACCCAGGAGUAUACACUAAUGUUGGUGUUUUUGUUGACUGGAUCAAGCAGAAUGUUAAUAGUACUGAUCUCCCCAUUUUCAUGGUGUAACAGUCAAAACGGUUGUUCUGAUGGAC